AUGGCCCAAGGCGCCGUCAAACCCAAAAAGUCCAGCGCACCCGCCUCCUCGGGCAGGAAAGCCAAGCCGCAGCCCCCCAAGUCGUCGAAGGGUGCGCGCGUGUCCAAGGUGAAAAACGCUUCGUCGGCUGAUAAGCUGCAGCGCCGGCUUGCGGCGGGCCUGGUCGCGAAGACGGAGAAGUUGUUGGGGGAGCGCGCGGGACAUCUGGAGUUGAUUGGGAAGGGGAGGGUGAAGGAUAAGGAUGGGAAAGAUAAGGAUGGAAAGGGGACGCCGAAGGGGGGGAGUCGGAAGUUUGGCUGA